UGUGCACAUAUCGAGUGUUGGAUAGACUGACUGGCAUCAUGGUGCUCAACGGGACACUGAGUGAACAUCAGAUUGAUGCUCUCUCCUACGUCUACAUGGCGUUCCUCACUCCCAGUCUAAUUGGAAGUUUUUCUGUCCUGGUGGUUUCCAUAUGCAAAUGGUGGCAUCUACAGGAGCAGGUGCAUCUCCUCGUGCAGCUCGCUCUGGCGGACCUCCUGGCCGCUCUGAUCCUGAUGUACACCAGCGUCAUGAACAAAGUUUACAAUGACCACGGCGUGGAAAUCUGCGAGUACAGCUUGCCGCUGUCACUGACCUUCUACACUACGUCAUUUCUGUUGGUGGUCGUUUACGCCUGGAAGUCGAAGAACGGAAUCCAAGGAUGGAGAGAACGAGCCACGGAUGAUGAGGCUGUACAGAGUCACUGCAGACGAAAAAUAGUAGCUUUCCCUGUGUAUGCUGUCGUGUGGUUGAUCCCGCUGGCCAUGUACUUGGCGUAUGUGCUCACUCCUUUCAUGAAAUCUGCCUUGCUGGUUCCAGCCACCGACAAAUCGCUGGUUCAGGACUCCAUCGACAAUGAGCGCACAUACUGCAGCAGUUGUUUGUUGUUCUUGCAUGUCUGGAAGGAUUCCUGCUCAGGUCCUGAGGAAUUCCACGACACUUUCAUCAGAGUUUUUCUUUUCGUGGUGGUGAUACCUGUGAUGAUAUUUUGCUCUGUCAUUUACUAUAAAGUUGGUAAAUGGUAUGAAAGACAUGAGCAGGUGGGGUUUUUCCCCGUGGAGGGAGAUGGACGUUCAAGACGGAGAUUCAAGACAGUGUAUUCUACAGCGAGGAAGAUGGUGAUGGUCAUCUUAGCCUGUUGGACGCCAGCUCUUGUCCUCAUUCUGCUGUCUACCCUGACGAUCUGGACAAGUAUCAAACAACGCGACUUGUUUUUCCUUUACAUACUACAGGCUGCCUGCGUGUCUAUACAAGGUUUCGCGAACAGCAUGGUUUACGCAUGGAGACGACCCAACUUCACGGAUGCCGUUCUCGGGGAGUACACACCGCUGAUACAAAAUCCUCUGCCUUUCUUUGAUGAAUCGCUGAGGGCCUCGUCUUGACUGCCGAGCACUUUGAGGGACGUUGUUGGACGGCGUCACAACAUGCUGGCCUUACGAAGACUGACUCCCUGCCUGCACUUCAUGACUUUGUAAUAAACUGAGACUGAAACACACAAUGUCCUCGGUCGUGGAUGGACAAUGAAGAGAGAGAAAAAAAAAAUGAAGGAACACAACAAAGACUGUUUGAACAAACAACUGAGUAUUUGUACUGCAGCUGCUGAUUUUGUCGUGUAUUAAACAAACUCAUAUUAGCAUAUAGUAGCAUAUUAAAGUGGGAUACCUCUGGAUAAAUUGUACAAUUUUGUUGUAUUUAUAUAUUUGUUAUCAAUAUACUGUUUUAUUAAAGAUUUUAAAUAAGUCA